AACGUCUGUUGACGUGUUUCCGUUUCCGGUGUAAACAUGCAACAGCGACAACAGAGCCACUUUUAAAUGUUGUUAACCAGAUAAUUUAUAAUGAAUGACACAAGAAGCGAUACCAAUUCGGUUCGCUACUACUGCACCGCCGGUAAUGGGAUGGAGUCGUUUCUAGUGGAUGAAGUGAAAAGAAAGUUGGCAGCGAAAGACGUACUUCAGUUUCCAGGCAAAGUGUUGUUCAGUUCCUCUGCUAUGGUUGACAGAGUCAGAAGCCUGAAAGCUGCAGAAAGGCUGUUUCUUCUGCUGAAGCAAGACUCGCCGUUGGGGCUACCUGCUCACACUAGUCCAGCAAGGGCUUCAUAUGUGCUGCAGUCCAGACUGUUUAGUGACAGAAAUCAGUGGACCGGAGCUGUAAGGACAUGGAGCCGUCUGCAGGGGGAGCUGGCAGCCAACAGAAAUGCAGACAAAACCACUGCAGUCAGGGCAAGAAAGGAGACAGAAGGGGGGAACGGGGAUGAAGAGGAGGGAAAGUUCCUUGUAGAGUCUAGAAAGCGUACACGAGAGCUUAGAGUGGAGGAGUGGGAAAGUAAGAAGCUGAGAAGUGACAAACAAAUUAACGACAAAGAAGAAGAGGCUGAUGUUUUGGACCUCAGUGAUGUGGAGGAUGUAGAGGAAAAUGAGGCUCCUGAUACAGAGAGAAGUAGAGAAAUAGAUACAAAUCAAAUCAGUGGAACCAAUCAUACAGCAGCAAGGCCAGAGCACAAUGUGGGAAGCUGCAGCAGGACUAUGGAUCAACAGGAAAUGGAAAACAUGUCUUUUAGGAUUAACUGCAAAUGCAGUGGAUCACUGUCCAGAUGCCUCAGUGCUCAGGAGAUAAGCAAAGUGCUCGGAGCAGGUCUCAGCAGACUUCUGGGCUGGAAGGCAGACCUGAAGAGUCCACAGUUAGAGAUAAAUGCCCAUUUGACCAACGACUACAUUCUGCUGGGGAUUCCAUUGACCAGGUCUCCUCUGGCCAGCCGCAGCUACAUUAAAACCACAGGUCUGAGGUCUACAAUAGCCUGGGCCAUGGCCUCGCUAGCUCAGAUACAGCCAGGCUUCUGUGUGGUUGACCCGAUGUGUGGAGUGGGAACCAUCCUAAUAGAGGCAGCACAAGAACACAAGGCUGCCUGUUUUCUGGGUGUGGACAUUGAUGAUGGACAACUGCAGAAGGCCAACGAGAACAAGACAUUUGCAGAGCUGGGGAGCAGAGUGCAUCUACUAAAAGCCUCCUCUAUGGGGUUGCCUCUGCCCAGCUGCAGCAUUGAUGCUGUAAUCUGUGACCUUCCUUUCGGCAGAAAAUUUGACACCAAAAUAAACAUGGCCGUCAAGCUUCCACUCAUCCUCAGUGAGAUGGAGAGAAUCCUCUGCGUUGGUGGCACACUGGUUGUUCUCCUGAGUCCUCAGCUGUCUUCUCUUAUGAAAAAACUCCUGGCACAAAAACACACCGGCCCAACAUCCGACCAAAAAGCAACGCCUCCAGCUGGGAUGCAGGAAAGUGAGUUUCAUUUGUCAUCUUUGAGGCACCAAAUGAGUCUCAGAGUCAGCUUGGGAGCAAUAGAUGGACUUAUCCAUAAAUAUGUCAAAACAUAAACAUAUUAUACAAUUAAAGUUUGGUCAUUGUAACAGCUGUAUGAGUUUUGAAAAUAAUAAAACAGCUUCUUCUUCA